UUCAGACGGAAGUUGGACAUGAACAGGACUGCUGGUGCUGAGGAGAGAGCAUCCGAUCUGCUGCAUGUCUCCACAACAACGCCGUGGGAUGGGGCAGGAGAAUAUUCUAGCACAAUGUAAAUGAUUUCUGAGCUCUGUGUAUUCCAACGGCCACACGCACUCUGAGCUUAGCCAUGGUAGGUUUGGACCAAACUGCCGCAAUACCUCCCGGAAACAGUCAUGGACAGGGCUCUCUAGCAAGUAUCGGAGAGAAGAAAUCCUCUAAAAAGUCGCGAGCGAGACGAGGCAAACAAGGCAGGAAGAGAAGGAAUAAAAGGAAGAGGAAUAACAGGACACCGCCACCGAUUUUACCACCGGAGGCUGAAGAAGGAAACAUUGAAUACAAGCAGUGUGGACAAAAGAUGUCGGGGAAAAACACCACUAACCUGAAGCGGCAUCUUAAGGCUAACCACCCAGAUAUUCAGUUAAAGCUUGUCAACCCCACUCAGUAUCGCUUUGAGCAUCUGGCCACACAACUUAAGUGGCGUCUGCAGGAGGGCCGCGGCGAGGCUGUUUACCAGAUUGGAGUGGAAGACAACGGCUUGCUGGUUGGUCUGACAGAGGCUGACAUGAAAGCCUCACUCAAGACCUUAAAGAGGAUGGCAGAGAAGGUUGGAGCUGAUAUAACGCUACUUCGAGAAAGAGAAGUGGACUAUGGCCAGGACAGAAAUAUCAGGAAAAUUGCAGAAGUUCUUGUCCGUAAGGUUCCUGAUGAUCAGCAGUUCCUGGACCUUCGUGUGGCGGUACUGGGUAAUGUGGACUCAGGGAAGUCGACCCUGCUAGGCGUCCUGACACAGGGAGAGUUGGACAAUGGCAGAGGCCGAGCACGGCUAAACCUUUUCAGACAUCUGCACGAAAUCCAGACCGGACGUACCUCCAGCAUCAGCUUUGAAAUCUUGGGUUUUAACAGCAAAGGAGAGGUGGUAAACUACAGUGAAUCUCGGACAUCUGAAGAGAUCUGUGAGAACUCAUCCAAAAUGAUCACCUUCAUCGACCUGGCUGGUCACCACAAAUACCUGAAGACCACAGUCUUUGGUCUAACCAGCUACUGUCCUGACUUUGCCAUGCUUGUGGUGAGCGCCAACACUGGUAUAGCCGGUACCACUCGAGAGCACUUGGGACUGGCCAUGGCUCUGAAAGUCCCCAUUUUUAUUGUAGUCAGUAAAGUGGAUCUGUGCUCUCACGGCACAGUGGAUCGAACUGUUCGACAGCUGGAGAGAGUCCUCAAGCAACCAGGCUGCAACAAGGUUCCCAUGUUGGUGUUGAACUCUGAUGAUGCUGUGACUGCAGCACAGCAGUUCGCUCAGUCUGCAUGCAUCACACCCAUCUUCACCCUGUCCAGUGUGUCUGGAGAAAGCCUAAACUUCCUGAAGGUUUUCCUGAACAUCCUUCCUCCACUUAGCAAAAGCAAAGAACAGGAGGAUCUGAUGCAACAGCUUACUGAAUUCCAGGUGGAUGAGAUCUACUCAGUUCCUGAUGUUGGGACUGUUGUAGGAGGAACUCUGUACAGCGGAGUAUGCAGGGAGGGUGAGCGACUAGUUGUGGGUCCCACAGAAGAGGGUCGAUUCCUGCGUCUGAAAGUAGGCAGCAUCCAGAGGAACCGCUCUGCCUGCAGGGUGUUAAAGGCUGGACAGGCUGCUUCUCUGGCUCUAGGAAACUUUGACCGCUCACUUUUGCGCAAGGGCAUGGUGAUGGUCAGCCCCAAGAUGAACCCAACCAUCUGCUGUCAGUUUGAAGCUGCUAUUGUUCUACUCUUUCAUGCAAAGACGUUCCGGCGGGGUUCACAGGUCACUGUCCAUAUUGGUAAUGUCAGGCAGACAGCUACAGUGGAGUACCUUCAUGGAAAGGACGAGCUUCGAACAGGAGAGAGGGCCAUUGUUCGCUUUCGCUUCAUCAAGCACCCUGAGUAUUUGCGUCUGAGUGCCAAGCUGCUCUUCAGGGAGGGAGUCACCAAGGGCAUUGGUCAUGUUACACAUCUGGUACCCCAUGACCAGAAUCUCCCGGAUUAUUAGGGACUAUUCACACUCUCUUCUUCUCUGGACCACCAAAAACUGGCUUUAUGCUCCUACCACAUAUAUGCAUAUUAAUCCGCCCUACAUGGGCCUUCAGCCCAUUACAGUCUGCACUCAAAAAAACAGAAACAAGUUUUUUAAUGAAGGUUGCCAGAAUAUACAGUUGUACACAAGGAAGUGCAAACUCUUGUGAAGUCCUCAUGAAUCCAUAUCACUGCAUCAAAUAUCAGUUUGGUAAACACAUUCACUUUAAAUUUCUGACUAGGCACACAAUGAUUGUUGAAAAGUAAUACAUUCUGCUCAGAUGAUGUGUUAAGGACUAGCUAUAAAAAAUACCAGAACCUCGACCAGUGCUGUGAGAAUAGAAUGGCAUAAUUUUCUGUUAAGCCUGGAAGAGAACAGAUUUCUGUGUUUUUAUGUGGUAUAUUAAGUAUUUUUGUCUUCAAUCAGACUUGUGGGAUUCAUUAAGAACAUCAUCAUCACUGUCAGCAGGCCUUUGUGCUUUCAGGUCAACAUGACUACUAUGACUGCUAUGGCCAUGGACACUUCGUCUAGCUCCGCUCCAAAGUUCCUUUUAGCCCGAGAGAGCAUGUGCUAUCAUCGACUUUACAAAUCUAUUUUGGAGAGGAUUACCACAUUUCAAAUUAAAUCUUGAAAUGACAAA